GAGAGAGAGAGAGCAGAAAGAUAGAGAAGGGGAGAGAGGAAUAGACAGAAAGACUGGAGGAGAGAAUGAGAGAAACGGAGGCAGAGGGUGAGGGCAUACAGGAGAAGAGAGGAUAGAGACAGAGGGAAAGGGAGUGCAGGGGAAAGUUGAGAGAUCGGCGCCGCGGUCAUCGCAGACGGAGGGAAGAAGAGAUCGGAGCGUGGAGAGCGGGGCGCUGAAAGUUGCUCGGUGCGGAAGCGGCGUUUCUGUGCGAACGCGUCACGGGGGACGUGCGUGCGCUGCUGACGGACGCUACUGGAGCAUCUGAGCGCGUGCGAAGAAGAGCUGCCCCAUGCCACACACGCUUUGGACAGAGCGCGUGUCACUGCAGUCGCACGUAACCCUCGUCUCUGCCUCCCGCUCUUGGAAACUUUUCCGUUCCUUUGGAAAUUAGACGGCGAGACGGAGCCGACGCGGGUGACUUUGGGGGGUCGGGGCUGGUGAGCCUGUGCACUUUGAGACGCCCCCCCCCCCGCCCCCACGGUAAAGGGGGGUUCCCCCGCAGUUGUUUUACGGCAUGGAGAAGUGGAGCAGCGAGGAGUCGGUGCGUCUUAGCCCGUCGGCGGAGAGCCGCGACUCGGACCGAGCCUCGGCCUCGGACCGCCAGUUCGGCCGGCGCGGCUUUACCGUCGGAGCGUUCUACGGCUCCGCCGGGCCCCGUCCCGCGGCGGACGCCAGCGCCGCCGCCGCGGAGGACAAGAGCGAAACCAGCAAGCGCGGGGUGCUCAAGGGAAACAAAUACGUGGUGUUUUACCUGGAUCUGUCCUUUGUGUUUCUUCUAGAGUUUAAGAAGUUCAGCAUGGCCAGGGGCUGCCUGUGCUGUCUGAAGUACAUGAUGUUCCUCUUCAACCUGGUCUUCUGGCUGUGUGGCUGCGGCCUGCUUGGAGUGGGGAUCUGGCUCUCUGUGUCACAGGGAAGCUUCGCCACGUUCUCGCCCUCCUUCCCCUCCCUCUCCGCCGCCAACCUGGUCAUCACCAUCGGCACCAUUGUCAUGGUGACGGGCUUCCUGGGCUGCCUGGGCGCCAUUAAGGAAAACAAGUGCCUGCUACUUAGUUUCUUCAUCAGCUUGCUGGUAAUCCUCCUGGCAGAGCUGAUACUGCUCAUUCUGUUCUUUGUUUAUAUGGAUAAGGUGAAUGAGAAUGCCAAGCAGGACCUGAAGGAUGGGCUGGCACUGUACAACACGGACAACAACGUGGGCUUGAGGAACGCGUGGAACAUCAUCCAAGCAGAGUGGAAGUGCUGUGGAGUCACAGGAUUCUCAGACUGGCAUGAUGCUCUGAGGGAGAGGGUGGUGCCGGAUCGCUGCUGCCAGGAGCACCUCCAGGGCUGCGGCCGCAACGCCACCAGCAUGUUCUGGACCCAGGGCUGCUAUGAGAAGGUAGAGGAAUGGCUAGACAACAAUAAGCACCUUCUGGGCACCAUAGCCAUGUGUAUACUGGUGAUACAGCUUCUUGGCAUGGCUUUUUCCAUGACCCUGUUCCAGCAGAUCCACAGAAUGGGGAAGAAGUACGAUGCCUAGCAGGGGGUGGAGCCCUAGCAAAAGGGCGGGCCCAGCGACCCCCCCAGGGGGACACUGGAGGGGACCCCACAGGCCCAGGACAGCCCCAUGUCUUCCCUCAUCACUGGGCCACACCCACACCAGCUGGCUACAGUUCGUAAUCACACUGAAAUUGCCAAAGAGAUACUGAACUGGAGAGAAACAGAGAGCAAGAUUUGCUCCUUCUUCCUGUGGUUUAAUCCUUUUAAACAGUUUAAACAGUGGGCCCACUUAUUUACUAAAAAAAAAGACUUUAGCCCCCUUCCCCAAGUUAAAUGGUUUUGAAUGUUGACAAAAUACACCUCUUCCUGUAAAAAGUGGAAAGCUUAACCCUCGCAUGCCAGAGCUUUCUUUUCUAAUCAGUGGAUAACUGUUAUUUUAAAGUUUUUAAAAAAUGAAAUCCAUUUUUUUUCUAACUUGUGUUUUGUGGAAAAUAUGGAUGUGUUUUAUUGCAUAUAUAAUUUUGCUGGUAAAAAUGCCAGUGGGACUGGACAGAGAACAGGAGAGACCAUCUGAAGAGAGACCAUUUGGAUGUAGUAAGGAAAGACAGCCUGGAUAUACUGAGGAGCCACCAUCUCGGUGUGCCUUGGAGAGAGCAUUUGAAUGUAAGGAGGAGAUCUGAUCUGUAUCUGAUACAUGCUUAUGAGGAGAGCCACUCAUUGGCCACAUCGAAGAAAGCUUAGAAGUGAAUUUCAGAGAUUCCAGUGGAUUGGUAAAAGCUUUUCCCUCAGAAACAUGUAUAUUCAGCCCUGGUGGUAUUGAAUUUGUCUUGUUAGUGUAUAAAGUGCAGCAGACAACCCCUCUGUGGCACUUAUGUUAAGUACAGCUCCAUGGUUAACCAGAUGGUGCAGAACUGAUUCUUGCUUCUGUUAAGGAGAAAUCUGAGAAAACGGCUGCUGGGGAGCCUCCUUCAGUCUCAAGGCAUUUUCAGUAGUCUCCAUGAGUCUCCAGACUUCUUCAGGCAUCUCCAGUAGUCUCCAUGAGUCUCCAGACUUCUUCAGGCAUCUCCAGUAGUCUCCAUGAGUCUCCAGACUUCUUCAGGCAUCUCCAGUAGUCUCCAUGAGUCUCUAGACUUAUCCAGGCAUCUCAAACAGUUGCCAUGAGUCACCAGACUUCUCCAGGAAUCUCCAAUAGUUUCCAAGAAUCUCCAUAAUUCUCCAGGAAUUUCUAAAAGUCUCCAUGAACCUUUAGACUUCUCCAGGGGGUCUCCUGUCAAGUGAAGAUGGAGGUUCUUCUCAGAGGAGUUUUCUUUUGUUAUUCCCAUUUGGGUUUUUAGUCUUUCUGAAAUAUCUGUUUAGCGCAUUAUAUCUAAUCGCAUUCCUUGCAUUAAUGGUAAUAUGGCUAUAUCCAUACCUGUGUUCUGAACCUCUGCUGGUAUCCUCAGCACACUCUGCCCUGCCCUGGCCCCACCCCCCUUCUGUGGAUGUUAGAGGAGGAGUGGAGUGCUGCAUGUAGUGCAGAGGGAAAGCAGAAUGCUCACCGACUGCUCCAUACUAAGUCCACUCCUUAAGUCCCCUUCCAUCUCCAGUCCCCUCCUACUCUCAGUCCCCUCCCUCUUAGUCUCCUCCUACUGUCAGUCCCCCCCUCUCAUAGGCUCCUCCCUCUCUUAGUCUCCACCCACUCUCAUUCCUCUCCCACUCUGUCUCCUGCCACCCUCACUCUUCUCAGUGAUUUGCCUCAAAAGACUCCUAUAUUUUUAAAAUCUCCUUGCUAUUGUAUCUGUGGCGCCUGUGGUUGAUAUGAUGCCUAUUUGUUGCAAUGCUAAGGCACUGGUUCAGAUACUCCUCCUCCAUCGUGUUUGGAUUCAGGGGCAUAAAUUAAAGGGAUUGUUAAAGCAAAUGGAUGACAUAUAGCUGAAUAUUACACACUGUCCCUUCAUUUCACACGUUGAAUUAUCAUAAGGACUGUAGGGCCAGCAGCUCAGUGAGACAAAGACUGAUUUGUUUAGGGUUACAAAUGAUUUACUGAUUGCUUGAUUGAUUCAUUGAUUGACUGAUGUGUUAUGGGUUUGGUUGGGGUUAGAAAUGAAUGAACAAUUAAUGUGUUUAAGGUUGGGGUUGGUUUGGGUUGGUUUGUAAAUUAUUAUGAAACUGUUAGUGUCAAAUGUGGCUCAUAGGAAGUCAGUGCUCCACAAGUCAGUUUAAAAACCAUACCUGUGUCAUUGUAUGUAAAUAUUGGUGUGAUAAUUCUGUUAUAAAGGCCAGUGUGAUAAUUAAGUGAUAAAUACCAGUGCAAUAAUUCAUAUCAUUGUGAUAAUUCAGGGUGAUAAAUACUGGUGUGAUAAUUCAGUGUGAUGAAUACAGGUGUGAUAAUUCAGUUGUAGUUUUUUGGGGUUUCCUGGAGUGGAAAGCAUUUCCAGUCAUUCAUGUGUCCUUUACUGUUUGCAUAUGUAUCUCCUCACAGCUGGUUUCUCUCUAAUGAGAGAAACCCAUGGCUAACAACCAUUUCUCUUUCGUCCUUUUUGUUGUCAUAAAACAGCUAUUUUGUAAUUGAUUAAAAAAAAAAAAUCAGUGAAAACAUGUUGCCAUUAUUAAUAAUCAAUUGGAAUGAGUCGACUGUUUAAAAAUUAUCUCUUAAAUUUUUUAUUAAAAAAAGGAGUAACAGUAUUGUCUGUCUUGAUUAUCGUAUUUCACCUGGGGCAUGGGCGUGGCAGGCAAGAGAAGAGCCUUCAGUGAAUUUGCAGUCUGGAUUUCAGUUUACUACCAUUGUUAAAUAUUAUGAGCAGCAUGUGUUUUAUUCUUCUGUGUAGAAUGGGUCUUAGCCUUCAGCCUCUUGUGCUUUCUAAGUGUAUUGAUGAUUUUUCCUGGGACUUCCCUGGUUACUGAGCUCCUCAUUACCCAGUUAGUAAGUGCUUGUGCUGUGUUUCUGAUAUCCUGUGUUAUGAGUCAUUAGCAGCAUGCAGUAUUUAACCCUUUAAGGCAUGAGAUAAAAGGUGAAUAGAAUGUUAACUCAACAUUCUAAUGCUGAUGUAACAAUUACCACUAGUAAUGGAAAGCAGUGGAGUUCUAGAACACUGACUUAGAAUUCUGAAAAGAAGACAUUCCAAAACAAUUGAUCUUCAAAGGGUUAAUUAGCGAUUUAAGAUCUGAGGAAGGAAGCCUUGUGCAGCCUUCCCUCUCCAUUUACUCCUAUUUACUGAAGAAACCAAACUUCCAAGGAGGCAGAAAUUAUGUAUUUAAAGCUGUCUAAUUCUGUAUUUAAUUAUGUAGGGUUGUAUGAAUUUUGUACUGUUUUAAUGAAAUAUGUGAUUUGUAAUGUGGGGCCAUUUCAUUAAUUUAACAUCACUUUUCUUUCUAUGCAAACAUACCUACUAUAGCCUUUGUAAAGCUGAUUUUGUAUGAGUAACAUUUGAAUAAAGUGAAUGGAAUUCCCUGAA